UAUCUGCUUGUGUUGAUUCUAGAAAGUACACACACAAAUAUGAAAUACUGCGUACUAGCUUUUGUGUUGUUCUCAGCAGUCGCGUCUGCAACUGAGUUCAAAGAUUGCGGAAGCAUGGGAGUAAUUGACUCACUUGAAAUUCCUGGUUGCGUCGCACAGCCCUGCAAAAUGGAACUUGGUUCAACCCAGUCACUGAAUUUGAGAUUCAUUCCUUCUGCUGAUUCAAGGAACCUGACCUGGAAAUUGAUUGCCAAUUUAAUGGGAGUCGACUUUGACCACGAAAGGUCGGGACUUAUUAACAGUGAUGCCUGUGCUGGCCUGGUUGAGGGAUCCUGUCCCGUGACUGCUGGGGAUCUUGUUGAAGCCUCGAUGCAUAACGUUAAAAUACCUCGUUUGUUCCCAACGGUAUGCUAAACUUACCGUAUUUACUGGAGUACCACAUGCAACUUUUUUAAAGGAUGAAAAAAAGGGAUUAGUGUCUUCUACGCUGCUAUAAAUAUUCAAAAAUUUAUAUUCAUACGUGCGUUAUGCUCAAUUCUAAUGGAAAAUUUUGGACUGAGUUAAAAGAAUCAUUUUAAUGGAAACAACAGAGAAUUAAGUUGAAUCCAUGCCUAAAUUCAAAUUUUGGUCUUCUUUGAAACAUUUCAGCUUUUAGUUUCAUUACAAAAAAAGGGAUGUGUUUCCUAUAAUACGUUAUUAAGGAAAAUUUUUCCACUGAAAACCCCUGAUGCAGGUCUUGUGAUACUUGAGUAAAUGCGUAAAUUAUAUACAUAAACCUGCUACUAGCUUAAUAACUAUUAUUAUUUCAUGCUCCACAGAUUAAAAUCCCUGUGGACAUGAUGAUCCUCAAUGACGCUGGAUAUGUGGAAGCAUGUGCUGGCAUUGUUGCAGAAAUCACUAAGCCAGUUAUUGAAAAUGAUUCACAUAGCAGCAUGCCUUGAAUAUACAAAUGUAUCAUUAUAUGGUGUAUAUGUAUGUGUAAAAAAUAAAGGUCCAGAUGAUAUUGUGGGUUGAUUUAAAUUCACCACAAUGAUAUUCUUCUUCAUAUUAAAAAAUAUUUACCUGUAAAACCUUGUGUACAUAUAUGUGCAAAAAGAGCAAAGAAAUUGCUUUUUAUAUAAUGAAGAAAAAUAUAAUACUAAUUUGCAUUGCCAAUCUCACAAUUUUGAUACCGUAUACUGGCUUAUUUUGUUGAAGUGGGAAUAUUUUCAAAUACAGUAUAUGUACUAUUUAUCUGGAAUGACAUAUCAAAGAAUUUGUGUCAUAUUUUUGUCUUUGAAGGUGUUGGAAAAAAUAAGUGAUGAAAUAUCCUCUGUUGAUGCAAUUCCUACUUGGCAAAUUAUUUCCAUAAAAACCAGCAGAUUAUGUUGCACAGCAACCAUGAAAAAAGUCACUUCUGCUGGAGAAUAAGACAUUUUUAAAAGAGACUGAAAUGUAGAAUUUUUGGUAUACUAUCUUGGGAUAUGUAUUAAAAAUUGUCAGACAACAACUAACUUAUUUUAAAAUUGUAUUAAAAUAAAAUGCUCUAUAAUCCAUAUUCAAUAUUCAAGAAAUGCUGGCAUUAUAAGAGAUUGCCAGAUUAUGACGUCCACGAUAAUUGUUGCUGGAUGGUGAGUAAUUUAUGAUCAUAUGAGCCCAAUGCUACUUGGAUGAAAUUGGUUCCUUUGAUGCCAAAAAUGUUUGGCCUUUGAUUAUGCCUGCUUGGUAAAAUACAGCAGUGAACUAGCAAAUUAAACCCUUCCGAUGAACUUGACAUGUUUUUUUAAAGUAAUAUAUAUCAAGUACUCUAGAUUUUUAGGGGGCUAAAAUAAUAUCACUGCCCAUUUCCAGAUAAAUUAUCUAAUACCUGCUGCAAGAUUAGCAUUUUAUUUCCUGGUUCCCCUGAAAGCCACGAAUGAAUUCCAGCAUGUGUCUGAGUCUCAUGCUAGUCUCCUUGUUGCUGUUAUCAUUUACUUGGGGAGCAGUUGUAUUGAUACUCAUGAGAAAUUUUGCACAUGAACCAGACAAACAUUACUUCCUGAAUUUUUUGGAAGUGGUAUAAAUUGGGUUGAAUCCUUGACUUUCUCCAGCAGUUCAUUGAGAUCAUUAGUUGUUCAUUCAAAUCAAAACCGUCGGAAUAAAUUGAAGGUUCACAUUUUUAGUGUUCCAGCAGACAAAAACAUGAAAUACUUCAUCAUAGCUCUCUUGGCCAGUGUUGCCACUGCAACCGAGUACAAUGAGUGUGAUUCAGGAAGCCUUGGGUCCGUCGAAAACCUUGAAAUUCCCGGUUGCCUCAUCCUGCCAUGUGAAAUGGAGCAGGGGUCAACUCAGUCAAUGAAUCUGAGAUUCAGUCCUUCUUCUGAUUCAAGCAGCCUGACGUGGAAGGUGAUUGCCAUUGUUGCUGGAAUCGAAAUUGACUGGAAUGGCAUUGCCUCUGAUGCUUGUGCCAGUUUGGUUGAGGGAACUUGUCCUGUGGCUUCUGGAGACCUUGUUGAAGCCACAGUCUCCUUGGCAAUCUCUCCUGCCUACCCAGCGGUAUUGAACACACCCGAAGCAGAAAUGGGUGCUUAUAAGUACAUACAAGAGCUCCAUCGGAAGAAGCAAUCCGAUGUGAUGCGUUAUUUGCUGCGCCUUCGGUGCUGGCAAUAUCGUCAGCUCAACAAGAUCCAUCGCGCACCACGCCCGACUCGCCCUGACAAAGCUCGGCGUUUAGGAUACCGUGCGAAGCAAGGCUUCGUCAUAUACCGGAUCAGGAUGCGCCGUGGUGGACGGAAGAGGCAAGUGCCCAAGGGCUGCACAUACGGUAAACCGAAACAUCAUGGUGUCAAUCAGUUGAAGCCCGUACGAAAUCUCCAAGCCAUUGCCGAGGAGCGUGUUGGUCGUCGUGUUAGCGCACUUCGAGUGUUGAACUCGUAUUGGGUUGCUCAGGAUUCUACCUACAAGUACUUCGAAGUCAUCCUGAUCGACACCUUCCACAAGGCUAUUCGACGUGACCCGAAAAUCAAUUGGAUUUGCAAGUCGGUCCAGAAGCACCGCGAACUUCGCGGCAAGACCUCAGCGGGACGGAAAUCCCGAGGUCUUGGUCACGGUCGCCGCUUCAACCAGACUAUUGGUGGUUCUCGCCGCGCGUGCUGGAAGCGCAGAAACACUCUUCAGCUCCGCCGCAAACGUUAAUUCUCUCUUCUUGCUUUUCGUUUACUCGGGCGAAGAUGGAACUUUGUUUGGUCAGGGGAAGAAUAAAAACGUCCUGCGGUCCUGAG